CAUUAAUUUACCUAAUUAAGUCCAUAUGCAAAUUUUUUUGAGAGCAAAAAAUCUUGAGCUUGGAGUUCCUGUGCGUGUGAUUGGUCAAGUUUGCGUGGAAUGUUUUGACUCGGUUUGAUCGAAAAUUCAGGAUCUUUCAGUGUAGGCUGUUUCUCAACCAUAUCAAACAAUUGCCUCAGAGAAAAAUUCAUUCGUUUGCCAAACUUUUGCUGACAAUUUGACUUGAAGUUCUACGAAAAGCACCGAUGAUUAUUGGAAUUAACUAAGCUCAAGGACUUGGGCCAUCUCGAACUGAAUUUAGAGUUGAAGAACUUAGAGUUUAAAUUCAAAGACGAAGUUUCCGAUAUAUUUUGAAAGCAAAGUUCAAUUCCAACAACAUGGAUGCAAACAAUGACAAUGUUCGCUAUUAUGAAACCUGCCUGAGUGCUGCUUUAGAAGGUGGCAAUAAAGUGGGAGAAGGAGAGGCUUAUGAAAACUUAGGCCAUGCAUUCGCCUCACAAGGGAAAUAUCACGAAGCACUUUCAUAUCAUGAAAAACAUUUAAAUAUUGCUUUGGAAAUUGGUAAUAAGUUGUGGGAAGCAAUGGCCUAUGGUAACCUGGGUAACGCUUGUCAUAUGUUCGGAAAGUAUACAGAGGGGAUAGAAUGGCAAGAAAAGCGCUUGCACAUAGCACUGGAGUUACGUGACAGAGAAUUAGAAGAAGGUGCUUACGGAAGCAUAGGCAACUGUUAUGAGAACUUGGGACAGCUUGAAAAAGCAAUUGAAUGCUACGAAAAGCAGCUGAAAAUUGCUUUAGAGAUAGAAAAUAGAAAUGGACAAGCAAUAGCCUACACGAACUUAGGAAAUGCUUCCUUUCUGUUAGCAAGUUACAACAAAGCAAUGCAUUAUCAGAAAAUGAGCCUAACUAUUGCUAUAGAGAUUGGUUACAAACAGUUGGAGGGAGCAAUAUAUGGAAAAUUAGGAAACGUUUACAACAAGCUAGCAGAAUACUCCAACGCAAUCGAAUAUCAUCAAAAGCAUUUAGAUAUCGCACUGUACAACAAGGAUAAGCAUGGACAAGAAAUUGCCUAUGGUAACCUUGGAAUUUCGUACAAGUCCCUCGGGAAUCAUCAUAAAGCGUUGGAAUAUUUCCAAAAACAGCUGUGCACCGCUGUGGACAUCCGUGACAGAGUUGGAGAAGGAAGGGCUUAUGGAAUGCUGGGAUUGGCUUAUGACUCUCUUGGGAAGUAUUCUGAGGCGAUUGAAAAUCAUGAGAAACACCUCAGUAGAGCUGUAGAGCUGGGUGACCGAUUGGGAGAAGGAAAUGCUUAUGGAAACUUAGGAAAUGUCUACCAGUCCUUGGGGCGCAUCGACGAGGCAAUGGUUUAUCAAGAAAAGCGGUUGGGGAUAACUGCAGAAAUCGCUGAUAAAGAGGGUGAGGGUGACACUUACGUAAACAUAGGAAAUCUAUGCAAUCUCAUAGGGCGGUAUUACGAUGCAAUAAAGUACUUUAAAAAGUCUUUGGAAAUACAAAUUGAGAUGGGUGACAAAUCUGGUGAAGCGAAGACCUACGGUAAUUUAGGAGAGAGCUAUAGGGCUUUGGGAGAAUGCGAAAAGGGCAUUCAUUAUCAUCAAAAGAGACUGGAUGUCGCUCUUGAAAUUGGGGACAAGGAUGGAGAGGGACAAACCUAUGGAAACAUAGGAAUUGCCUAUUACGAUCUGGGGAAGUUUAACGAAGCUAUUGAAUAUCAUAACAAGCGCCUUAACAUUGCAAAGGGAAAUGGUGACAGAAAUGGCGAAGGGUACGCUUAUGGAAAUUUGGGUACUGCGUAUUGUGCUUUGAAGAAAUACCAAGAAGGCAUACAAUUUCAAGAAAAAAGACUUGCCAUAGCGCUCGAGCUAGGUGACAAAAUUGGCGAGGCAGCAGCGUAUGGGAGUCUUGGGAAUGUCUAUCAGUUAUUGGGUGACUACCAAAAAGCUCUGGAAUAUCAUGAAAAGGAUUUGAAACUCUCUAACGAAGUAGGAACGAAGAGGGGGCAAGCAUCAGCACAUUUCAGUAUUGGWCAGCUGUACUACAGGUUUGGUGUUGUUUCUAGGCAAAAGCAAGAUCAARACGCUGCCACAGGCUAUAUGAAACAGUCUGAGCAUCAUCUAAAAGAAAGCCUGGAGUGCUAUGAGUGGAUGUUCGAUCACUUAGAAGAACAGGAUGAAUUCAAGUUAACCCUCCUCGAAAAAUUUCAUAAAGUGUACAAGCUCUUGACUAUAGUGUKCUUGGAAAACCAAGAUCCUGCAGAAGCGUUACUCGUAUCUGAGCGUGGUCGAGCCCGUGCCUUGGGAGAUCUUCUGCACACGAAAUACGGAGUAAAAGAACAGUUAAAACCAAGUACCCCACUUGCAUUGGCUGAUCUUGAAAGUGUCUUUUUGAAUACCAAAUUUACCGUUGUAUUUUAUGCACAAAUACAAAGCAAUCGCGCAAUUUGGAUUUUGUCUCACGAUCGGCUGUUAUUUUCUCUUCAAAGUGGCCUGUCUGGAAAAGACCGAGAGAUUGUCGACCUCGUCAAAACCUCUUAUUACAAGAUAGGUGCUAGAGGAGCUACCAUCUGUGAGGACAGAUCGACUGGUCAAGAUCAUGAUGACGAUGAUAUGAUGGAAGAACUGGCUGGUGGGUUCCCAUUAGGAAAGUGUGAGACGAAUGAAAACUUAAGGAACACCUAUGAAGAAGAUUCUGAACUGGAGGAAGAAGUUGAAAAUCCUUUGGAGCUGCUAUAUGAUUUAUUAGUAGCUCCAAUAGAGAAUGCUUUCGGUGAAGAUGAGAUCCUCAUAAUUCCAGACGGACCUAUGUUUUCAAUUCCGUUUGCAUCACUCAAAAAUCCAAAGACGGGAAGGUUUCUUUCAGAAACGAAGCAAAUUCGUUUGGCACCAUCCUUGUCGACGCUCAGAACUCUACAAGACAGCCCGGACGAAUUUCACUGCAGGUCAGGCGCUUUAAUUGUUGGAGAUCCGAAUGUUGGACGAGUAAUUUUUAGAGGCAAGGAAGAAUCGUUUACCCCGUUACCUGGUGCCAGAAAAGAAGCCGAAAGAAUCGGUGAAAUUCUUAAAGUCAAGCCAAUAACGGGGUCAGAAGCUACCAAGGAGACCAUUUUACAGAAGCUAGAGGAGGGCGUAUCUGUCAUUCACUUUGCUGCACAUGGUAGCGAAAAGGGGCAGAUUCUCCUUGCCCCAUCACCGUCGGCAGCAGCAGGGGAAAGGAUCCCAGACGAAAAGGACUUUGUAUUGACAACCAAUGAAGCACAGCAGCGCGGUAUUCGAGCUCGACUCGUAGUCCUAAGCUGUUGUCAUAGUGGUCGCGGCGAGGUGAAAGCCGACGGACUCAUGGGGCUGAGUCGAGCAUUUCUUGCRGCUGGAGCUCAAGCUGUUGUAGCCUCUUUGUGGGCCAUCGAUGAUCAAGCUACCUUGCUCUUUAUGUCUAGGUUUUAUUUCCAUUUGAAGAGUGGGAAGAGUGCGAGUACAAGUUUGCAUCAAAGUAUGAAGGAGCUGAGAGAAUCGAAUGGCAGGUAUAGUGAGCCGAUGUACUGGGCGCCUUUCUUUCUUAUUGGAGAUGAUGUCACCUUAAAGUUUUAAUCCUAUAGACAUGUCRAAAUCUGAGGCAAUAACUCUGGAAAUAUAGGGGACACCAUUUAUGUUCGAACACAUGUUAAAUCUAGCAAAGCCACGGAAGCUUUUUCUUCAGAGAUAGCAUCAUUGUAUCACUUAACUCAAAACAUCCAUUGCAUUUUCCAGAGCUAUAUUGAUAAGAAGCCAAACCUUUACUUUGAAGACUAGAAAUACUGAGAUUGAAGUGUUAGCUAGCAUUUUCAACAGUAAUGUGAUUUUGAAAAGAAACUUUAUCUGAUUAACCAAUUUUAAGGAUCACCUUUUUGGAAGACAUUCGUUAAAAAAAUAUUCAAUUGGCCGUACUAGACGUACUAUAUCAGUGAAAUGUUAAAAACAAAUAAAGAGCGCCAGUCAAGAUCUUCUGGUCGCUUGAGUCACAUUAAUUACAUAUGCCCUGGCUAUAGAUUGGAAUCUGAAGGAGGAAGAUCCUUUUCUGUAACAGUACCUAAAUUAUGGAACUCGCUUCCUGUCGAUAUAUAAACAGCAACCUGCUAUGCCACAGCCUUUCAUAACAACUUGUUAAAGGGACACUGUCAAUGGAUGACAUGCGCDAGYAARCUUGAAAACACUAGGCUAG